AUGUGCAACCAACGCUGCUAUAUCGUCCCUCCCCAUCUCUUGCAGGCCAUUGCUGACUCGACUAGCAAUUCUGAAAAAGUUCGGAAGGCUGCCAAAGCAUCCCUUCUUGCUCGCGAAAAGGUGUCUCUGGCCCGCACAGAGCUCUUUGCCACCCUUACCCAGCCGCGGGGAUACACCAUCCAGCAGCGACAUCAUAUUGUUCCUCCACACGUAUUCAGACAAAUAUCUGACGCUGAAGUAAACAACGAGAAGACGCGCAAGCGCGCAAAGGAUAACCUUGAGCACGUCGAAGGCGUCAUUGCGCAAUACAAGUCUUCUCAAGAGAAAGACGCCCAGAAAAGUAUCGAUGCACAGGCCAAGUCAGGAAAGGAAACAUGCCGUGCCGUGUACGAUGCCCAACAUACUACCAACGAAGAUAGCCUGCCAGGCAAGCUUAUCCGAAAAGAAGGCCAAAAAGCUGCCAAGGAUAAGGCUGUCAACGAAGCUUUUGACAACGUCGGAUCGACCUUGAAAUUUUACAAAGAGCACUUUGACUGGAUCUCGACUGACAACAAGAAUGCUGAUGUCAUCAGCUCAGUUCAUUUCGGCGAGGAGUACGAAAACGCAUUCUGGGACCCAACUGUCCGUCAGAUGGUUUUUGGAGAUGGAGGCGAUUUCCUCAAUAACUUUACCGCCUCGGUCGAUGUCAUCGGCCACGAGCUCACGCACGCUAUUACCGAGCACACUAGCCCCCUUGACUACCAAGGCCAGCCUGGUGCUCUAAACGAGCACGUCUCGGAUGUGUUUGGCAUCAUGGUAAAGCAAAUGGUCGAGGACGAAGAGUCUGAUGCUGCUGAUUGGCUCAUCGGAGAAGACUGUCUCCUUCCUGGUGUCAAAGGCAUGGCUCUCCGCAGCAUGAAGGAGCCCGGUACUGCCUAUAAUGACCCUCGCUUUGGAAAAGAUCUUCAGGUAUCGCAUAUGAAGGAUUUCAAGCAAAUGUACGAAGACAAUGGCGGUGUCCACAUCUUUUCUGGCAUCCCAAACAAGGCUUUUUAUCUUGCCGCCACUGCAUUUGGCGGCUACUCGUGGGAAAAGGCCGGCCAAAUCUGGUGGAAAACCAUGAACUCGGGCAAAAUACCAUCUAGAUGCACAUUUUUGCAAUUCGCGGAUGUCACCGUUGAUGUAGCCGAAGAAGAAUUUAAGGCUGGUAAAAUCGUUCGCAAGGCUUUGGACGACGUCGGCGUCAGUCGAGGUGUUUUGGACGAACCAGACGGCGAAGACCCAGAUGGCGAAGACGAUGGCGACAAAGAUGACGAUGACUGCAAUGAUGAUGAUGGCGAUGCUGACAACGAUAAUGAUGAUGAUGAUGGCGAUGCUGACAACGACAAUGAUGAUGAUGAUGAUGGCGAUGCUGACAACGACCAAGGUGAUGACGAUGACGCUGAGGAUGACGCUGAUGAUGAUGAUGACUGUGACGGAAAAAAUGGCGACAAGAGCAACAAGAGUGACAAGGGUGAUAAGGAUGGAAAGAAUAGCAAAGGAGGUACAGACGGCGGAUGUGAUGGCAAUGACGAUGAUGAAGGCGAUGGUAAAGGCGACGACAAAGAUGGCAAUGGCGGCAAAAAUGGCAAAGAUGGUAAAGGAGGAAAAGGAGGCAAAGACGGUAAAUGUGAUGGCAAGGGUGACGGUACAGGCGGCGGUAAAGAUGAUGGGAAAAGUGAUGGGAAAAAUGACAAGACUGACAACGAUGAAGGAGAUUGCGGCUGCAAUUAG